UUUGAAUUGCUUUUUCACGUAUAACGACAUGACCUCUACUGCGCUCUGUAUUUUCGUUGCCUAGUAACGAUUCAAACAACCAUAAUAAUGCAUGUACAUCUGAGAUAACAGCUUCGGGCUUUAAUCACACAAAAGCUUGUUUCAAAUGAUGGAUGGGCCUAAACAGUUAGACAAAGAAACUUUGCAAGACCUCUACGCGUGGAUAGACAACAUACCGCUCUCCAGACCCAAACGGAAUAUAACAAGAGAUUUUAGCGAUGGAGCAGUUAUGGCUGCAGAAGUAGUGAAGCAUUUCUUCCCUAAACUGGUGGAGCUGCACAACUACACGCCCGCACAUUCCACGCAACAGAAGCUGAGUAACUGGAGCACCUUGAACAGAAAAGUUUUCUCCAAGCUGAACUUUCAUGUACCUGAGGACUUGGUGAAGAAAAUUGUGGUCAACACAGCAGGCUACAUUGAACCAGUCCUUUGCUCUCUGAGAGAGAAGAUAGAGGAAAAGAGAGCAGGAAAACAAUUAGAUGGCACACAGGACUUGGAAUAUUACAGCACAACAAAUGGACAGCCGAGAACAGUGAAUCAUCUGAUGGUUUUUGAGUCCACUCCAGCCUCCAAUCAAGCCACUGUGAAGAUAACAGACAAAGUCAGUGGUGCUGCAGCCUUGGGAACAAAUGUGGAUCCAUCUGUCCGUUUACUCUUGGAGGAAAAGGAGCAAGCCAUUUUGGCUUUACAGCAGACUGUUGAGAUUUUACAGAUUAAAGUAAACAGAUUGGAGCACCUUGUGCAUCUUAAGGACCUACGCAUUGAGGACUUGACAAAGCACUUAGAGCAAUAUAAGGCAAGCAACUCAUGAUCUCAUUAUUUCAUUACAUUGCCACCAUCAGGAAUUGUAUUUCUGGAAGUGCAUUCUAUAUGCAUACUCAAGACUCUUAGUAAACUGUUAGAAAAAGCAGGUGUGUUGUCCAUGUGAAAACAUCUCAUCUUUUUCCACACCUGUUUCCUAACAUGUGGAUGUUAGCAUCAGAAACUCUGACAGCAAUUUCUUUAACAUGCAUAUUGCAUUAGCAGAGACCAUCUUCAGCAGUUUAUGCUUCUGCUUAUGAAUGAUUCACCAGUAUCAGCAACUUUUUAUUUUUAGAAUUUACGUUGUAUUUUUUAGAGACUUGUUUUUUCCCCCUUUCUUUUUAUUCACUAUUUAAGAACAGACCUCCAUCAAUGUUGAUUGUGAUAAUCUUACUGAGCUUACUCUCAACAGUAACUGCAGUGAUAGUGGUUUUAUUUUAUGUGGAUUUAUUGAACGUUAUAUUUAGCAUAGUCACUUUGAUGUUAUAGUUGUGUGAUUUUCAAAAUAAUUUUCCGUUGUACCCAGUUGAUUCUGUUUUUGUCUGUAGUUAUUUUGUGAUUUUGUUGGUCAUUCUAAAUUGUUUGUAAGACUAUUAUUAGUUGUCAUGUCAUAAAACCAGUAUCCUGGUCUGCCAUGUUUGUGGCUGAUGUUAGAUGUUGAAAUUAAAGUAUUUGUAUUCAAA